AUGAAUACUGCACCCACACAUCUCCAAAACCCCUCGCGGAGUGCCUCGACGGCUACCGCCUCCUGGACAGAGCAAAACUUGAAGGAGAAGGAUACCGAAUCACCUCGCUCAGGAUCAUCUGACGAGGGUGCCACCGACAAGAAAGAGACCAACGUAGAGCCUCAUUCCCAAGGUUGGCUCUGCGGUGGCAAGCAUCUCGAGGAGCUUCGCCAGGAUGAGAAUCUCAACCUCGACGGCCCCUUGACUGAGGUCGACAUCGAUCUGCCCCUCACUCGCACCCAAGUCAUCAACCAAGGCGACAAGCAACUAGUCGAACUCAAGUUCGCACCCGACGACAAAGAGAACCCCUUCAAGUGGGGUAAAUGGAAGAGACGAUUUAUCUCUACCCAACUCAACCUCAUGACCCUCUUCAUCGGUCUCGCUACCACCGCCUACAGUUCCGGCAUCAAUAGCAUGGUCGCCGAAUUCCAUCGAUCCGCCGAAAUGGGCCAACUCGGUCUUUUCACUUUCAACAUGACCUGUGCUCUUGCCCCUUUGUUCCUGGCCCCCUUCUGUGAGCUUGUUGGCCGUAAGGUCAUCUACGCUGGAGCUUACCUUCUCUUCUGUCUUUGCUUCAUCGGUCUGGCUCUCGGACAGAACAUCGCAACCAUUCUAGUCAUGCGUACAUUCCUCGGUCUCUUCGGUUGCGUUGGAACCAUUCUUGUCGGUGGUACCUUCAGCGACAUGUACGACGUGCACGAGCGUGCCAGACCCAUGGCUAUGUUCUCGUACGUGGCCAUUCUUGGUACGGUUGGUGCUCCCAUCUACGCUGGCUUCAUCGACAUGACCAUCGGCUGGAGAUGGAUCGAAGGCAUCCAGGGACUGAGCAACAUUCCACUCCUUAUCUGCAUCUUCCUCUUCUUCAAGGAGACUCGUGGAGGCGUCGAGCUCCAAAAGCGUGCCAAGGCGGUUCGCAAGGCUACUGGUGAUGACCGCUACCAGAGUGCCAUGGACUUUGAAACUCCCAGCGUCCAGGCUAUGCUCAAGGCCUCUUCCGUUAAGGCUAUCUACAUGUUGGCCACAGAGCCUGUCGUGUUCCUAUUCGGCCUCUGGAUCGCCUUCUCCUGGUUCAUUGUCUUCCUGUUCUUGUCCGUCAUCCCUAUCACGUUCCAGGAGAAGCGCGGCUGGAACGAGGGCGUUGGUGGCCUUCCCUACAUCUCUCUCUGUGUCGGUGUUACUCUCGGUUGGUUGGCCCAUCACAUUCAGAUGAGAAGAUAUCUUCGUCUUACCCAGGAUCCCAACCACAAGGUCGUCCCUGAGGACCGUCUUUGGGCCGCCCUUUGGGGUGCCGUCUGGAUGCCUAUCGGUCUCUUCAUCUACAGUUUCACUCAGUAUGGCUACUUGUCUUGGGUCGGUCCCACCAUCGCCCUCGCCCCUAUCGCCUUUGGUGUCUAUUUCAUUUUCGAGUCGACCUACAGUUACACUGCCGACUGUUACGGAGAGAGCUCAUCUUCUGCCAUCGCUGGCCAGGGUCUCAUGAGAAACACGCUUGGUGCCGUCUCGCCUCUUUUCGCAUCACAAUUCUUCCACAAUGUCGGAAGUCAGUACGCUGGUCUCAUUCUGUCUCUCAUCGCUUGUGUACUCACUCUGGUGCCCUUCGUCUUUUACAAGUACGGACACUUGAUGCGUGCUCGCUCCAAGCUUGCCAUUGUCUACUAG